AUGGAUGCACAGUAUCCCUUUGCUUCCCGUGACGAUAUUUGGCGUGUCUUUGACGAGUUGAAGGAGCUCCACAUUGCCCAGUACGAGCAAGGAGAACGACUCGCGCAACUGGAGCGUCGCCGAGACGACGAUGCGCGGCUGAGAAGUCCUUGGUGUCCUGUCUCGCCAUUUCCGCAUUCAGUUGGGGCAAUCGCUCCAGGUAGUCCACCUCUGCAGUCCAGCAUCAGUUCGCCACUUACCAAGACAUCCCUUCCAGACCCCACUUUCCAAUCCCCCCCGGAUGCUUUCAAAGGAUUCGAUCAAGGCCACCAUUCUGCAAUGACUAGUUCUGCGGUGGGGUUUGACGGCGAGGACGAGCCUAGACGGGGUACGUCGCGCGCCAACAGCGUCCGUUUUGAUGAAAGUGCUAUCCACGGAAACGCCCAGGCUAGCCGUUCCACCAACGACCUUCCUCUGCGGACUGGCAGCAGUUUGAGUACCCACCCGCUUCUUGAGCGCACCUUUUCUCACCAAUCCGAUGGACGAUUGAGCUCAUCUGGUCACUCGCUCCAUUCCGCUCGGACUAAUAGCCUCCGCCUGAACACCACUCGGCUGCUUGGUACUACACCUAUCGAAUCCCCUUUGGUUCCCCCUCCUGGACUCUUCUUGCUGGGACCGGUCCCGUCCAUCAUUCGGUGCUGGCUGACUGAUGAUUUCACUAAUGGAUCUCUCCUCUACGCAGCCAUUUGCUCCGGCUCUUACAUCUCAACUCUGGGUCUCUCUAUGGUUCGCAAUCUUGGGAUGGAGAACAUGAUCGUCCGCGAUUGUGAUGUACAGUACAUCAAGCUCCCGCUCUAUCUUCCUGAAGCACUGAUUCAUCCAUCUUCGUCGCGUCCCGAAACCCCUACUCACCAAGUUCCUGCUGUGACCAUCCGCUUUGUGGUUCGCGAGACAGAAGUCAGCGAUAAUUCGAUUCAAAUAAUCGUCGGAAGUGAUGUGAUGCGUGCACACAAUGCUGAUAUUUUAUUCUCGCAAGAUAAACUGAUCAUGGUGGACGACGACCACAACCGUGUAUCUGUCCCCCUUGUGCGUCCCGAGAAGGACUCCGUCUUUAAAUCUCUUUGCACUUCUCCUGGUACUCCCAAUUCUGGAGACAUACUAGGGCCUCUUACUCACGGGAAUCCAUCCGUUGGUAUCAUUGGCCAGCCUGCCAGUGUUCAGCAACAGCCGGCCUCUGCGCCCCCAUCGACUCGUCUGCCUGGCAGCGAGGACAGCGAUCAUCACAAGUCCAAUCUACAGAACCUCCAGGCUCAUGCUCACAUUUCAGCUGAAUCCCGUCCAUCCAUUGUCAACCCAGCAACUUCUGAGCCUACUAAAACCGAAGAUAUGCCUUGGGGCGGCCCAUGGCGCCGCGAUGCUAAGAAAUCCACCAGCACUACCAAAAAACCGGCCGAUAAACGCGAGAUGAAAGUCUUCCGCACCGGAAAAUCUGCGAGUCAUGCGAACCCCACAACUUCGGCCUCAGCUCCUGACAGUGCUACCACUGAACAGGCGGACAAGUCGUCUCUUCCGCUUACAUCUGCUCAGCAUGGUACGCUGAAUCCUGUGGGUGGUGCAUCGGCGUUUGGGUGGCUUAACCCUCCCCACCACAACACCUCGACCUAG